UGAAAGUUGAAAACAACGUGCGUCCGAGGAUCUGGUGUUAGUACCAGUUCUGUGUUUCACAAACAGACAGCUAAAAUAUGGAAGAACAACAGCCGAGUACGGGACAAGAGACCCCACUGCUUGCAGAACACGUUGUUUCUAAAGAUCCCAGCAUAUUACAUUCGCAGUCAACUGCACCCACCCACGUCGAUAUAAAUUCUGUAUCAGACAAUGAACUUGAGCCUAGCAGGCCCACGCCAUGCACGAAUACCAACGAAUCAAAUCUUUGUAUGGAGACCGCAAAUCCUGGCGGGUCAGAAGGCCAGUUGGCAGCACAGUUGGGCGCGGAUGAGGUUGGAAAUGACCCGGAAUGCCCCGCUGGUCCAAGCACAAAGCCGGACCCGGAGAACGGUGAUGGUGACGUCACCGCUGGCCUGAACGGGCAAGUUGAAGACAUGGAGGUUACGGUGUCUGCGAAAAUGGAAACGCUCACUUUUGAUAUCACCUCCGCCACAAUGGGAUCGGGUCAAAGCUCUAUAAGUGUGACUCUUCCCGAAGUACAGGUGACGCUAAAGAGUGGUAUCUUUGAAACGUAUGCAGCAGAAGACAGUGGGGACAGUAGUUCUUCUGAAGACUCUUCCUCUGACAGUGAUUCAGAGUCCUCUUCCUCAUCGUCAUCAUCCUCUUCCUCUUCCUUACCCCUGACGGCUGUUCUUGGCGAAGACGAUGAUGAAGAUCACUUGGGACCUUUGACCGGUGGACGGAAGCUUCCUCCGCUGAAGACGCAUGAUGAGCUUCUCCUUGAGGACCUCCCUGCCGUUAAUGAGCUGGUCAUCACUCUCCCCGGCGAAGCAGAGAUCCUGCCCGUCGGAGUGGUCUCCAGCAUCAUCGAGCAGUUGGUCAUAAUCGAAUCGCUGAGGGACACGCCACCUCUGAAGGACGACAGCGUCAUCUUUAACAAGGACAGACAAGCCGUUGGAAAGGUAUUUGAGAUCUUCGGGCCGGUCCAACGCCCUUACUACGUCCUUCGGUUUAACUCCACGGAGCACAUCGUCAGCAAAGGCCUCGGUCUGCAGGAGACCAUGUACUUCGCUCCGUCGCUGAAGGACUACACCGACUACAUUUUCACCUCAGAACUCCAGCGAAACAAAGGGUCGGAUGCAUCAUGGAAGAAUGACCAGGAGCCACCGCCUGAGGCUCUGGACUUCAGUGACGAUGAGCAGGAGAAGCACGCCAAGCAGAUACGCAAGAAGCAGAACCAGCAGAGGAAGCAGCCCAAGGCGGAUCAGAACGAGAGUGAUAACAAUGUGGGGAGGCCUAACCAGUACCAGCAGACCCACUCUCAGCCCAGACAGGGAGGGAGAGGACGACACGGGCGGGGCUUCCACCAACGUGCAGAGGGGGGGUUCCCAAACAGGCACGCCCACUCCCAGUUCCACCCCCACGAGAACCCGAUGAUGAUGAUGAUGUCGCCGCCCCAGUACCCCCCCGGACCAAUGAUGCUGCAGUGCCCGUACCUGCCACCUUACGGGCCGCCCAACACACUGCCCUUCUAUCCCCCGUUCCCCCCGCACCCGCCCCCGCCCAUGAACAUGCAGUGGACCAAUCUGGGGAUGGGACCCCCACCCCACCUGCACGGCAUCCCCUUCCAGCAUCUUCCGCCCCCGCCCCCCCCACCCCCACCUCCACCUCCCCCACAGGUUUAGAGGGUCCGCACACUGCCAUUUUGUUGCACUCUUCUCCCUACGGUCAGGGAGAAACGCGAGACAAGAUGUCCGCCGUCUUAGAUUAAGAAGUGCUUUAUUUUUGUACUAGAAUUUAUCACGUAACUGCAGUAGCUAAAAGUAGCUAAAGCUAAUCCUUUCAUUUUAUGGAUUUAAUGUUUUCUUUUUUUCUUUUUUUUUUGUAGGUGUUUUUCAUAACUUGUAUGUUUUGUCACUUCUGAGUUUUGUUUUUGUCGAAUCGCUGUACAUUUUGUUUGUGACAAGCUGUUUGCUCGCGACAAGCUGUGCUCAGUUGGAGGUAAUACGUACAAACUGAGUGUUGUUUCGCUUCAAAAGGAGCGUAAACCCGUUCAGAGGAAAACACUCAGUUUUCUUUCUUUUUUUUCACGUAAGAUAAGUAUUUGGUUUCAAUAGGACAUAAUUAUGACUUGACGAACAUCUUUUCUGUUCAGUGCCAAGCAUAAUAUGUACUUUUCAUUUGAGAGCUUUGAUUUAUUGUUGUUCACAACAGGGGCUGUCGCCUUCUGCGAGUUAGUCCUCUGGAAUCCUAGACUCCGAUACUCUAUAAAUAGGGAUUGCCUUCACACAGUUUCUUAGCAACAGUUACAUUUUUUGGUUUUUUUAGCUUGUAGAAGAGACUGCUUGCAGGUUGCCCAAAUGACAGAACGAUGUGUGUUCCUUUUACGGUCCUCACUUCCUUUUGUAAGAACAUAUGAACAAGUGGUGGAAUUGUUUUAGAGAUUAGCUUGUGAUUUAAUUUCACAUUUAUUACGUAGAUUGUGAUCGGUGCUAUCUCUUCAGAAGAAUAAGUGAAAUAACCAUAUCUGUUUUCACCAGAGUUUUUUUGUUUCCAAUGAAGACACAUAAUGGUUUCUUGAAACUAAAGAAAGGUGGUACUUUCAUACUGGUCCAGUUCAUUGAAGGGCACAAAACAUUGUUUAGAUCUUUGGGUUCUCAAGGUCUGUCCUCGGGGCCCCACUGUGUAGACAGGUUUUGUAGAAUAUUUUUGUUGCAUCUCUUUUUCUGUUCAUUUUGGUGGGUAAAAUAACAGUUCUCAUAGUUUUCAUGUCAGUGACCAGUUGUCUGCGCGUUCAAUGGUCAGGACCUCUCUAGUAUCACUUCUUAGUAUAUAAUUCAGUCAGUUAAACAUGUCACCUCUUUCAACAGUUCGCUACUCUGCACCAGGAAAUGGAAGUGUUUUUUAUUUAAUUAAAGGUCCUAGGAUGUGGAUAUGGGCCGUUUAUUCUUCGUUAUAUGAACCUAUGUCUGACAUAAUGUGGCUUAUAGACAGUAAACCUUCAGCAGCCAUUGAGCCUGUGUAAUUACGCACAGUUUGCAUCUCGCUGCAGUAACACUUGAGUGGGAACAUAAAGCAGCAUACUCAGUGGGUGUCCGACGCUGCUUUAACAUAAUGUAACUUAACUUUAGGACUAGGAAGUUCUAGUAAUUUUAAUGCUUACCAAAAAGAUUUGCAACAGUGUGGCUCUAAUGGGUAGACUGCUUGCAGAUUGUCUUGGAUUAAUCCGUAAUCUAUCCUGCCAUGUUUUCCUUGUGAAAAAUACAGGAUCUGUCUGUGCAUUUUCCACAGGAUCUCAUCCCUACAUUCCUCCAGAGGAAUGAUGCUGUUGAAUGCUGGGGAUAUUUAUUUAUUUUCCUUGAAUUUUCCUGUUCACUGCAAGGUAGUGAGCCAUUUACACAAUUUGACGCUAAAUUGUUUAGUCGAUGCUGUACCUUUUUUUAUUUUUUUUCUCAACAUGAUUUUGACAUGAUGUUCCCAUUACCCUGACAGAAUCCACAAAGAAUGGAUUUUCAAAUGAAUGUUAGGAGACAGUCAUUUGACUUUUUUUCUUUUAUUUAAUUUUUUUGCCACUAAGGUUCAUUAAAGGUACAAUAGGUAAUUUUGGACUUCUAACUAUCAAGAGAGGAAUAGCAGCAACAAACACCCUCAAAUCACAACACUGUUUAUCCCUCCCCUUUUCUGUGAACGCGUUGACGUUGGAACGCCAUUGGCUGUGGCAAUUAGAUCCGUCAACUGCGUAUUUCGAAACCUGAAUUUAAGGACUAUAAACACAGGCAGAGGGUGAAUCAACAUGUCAGUGAGCCUUUUUCAAUGAUAGGAAGCCAUUUACAGUGACAAUAACAAUGUUUUAACACAAAAAGCUUACCUAUUCUACCUUUAAGGCUGUGUUCACAGGAGUUUAAACAUUUUGUUUGUGUUAAACCUUUGCCAAGACAUGUGCCUGGCUUUACAGUCUGAAGGCUGGAUGUUUUCUUACAGUAUACUACAGUGGUUACCAAUCAGUCCUCUCCACAGCCUGACCCAGCAGGGCCAGGUAUCUGCCAUGCCCCAGUUCGAGCCCUUGAUUUGUCGUAUCGGGUGUUCAGCCCAUCAAAUAUCCGGCUGGGUGUGUUUCUGGAGAGUUUUGGGAACCGCUGGUAGACUGUAAAAUCUUUUCCAGCUAUUUCUUAGUUUUUUUUUUUGUGAUAAGUAAGAUCUUUUAAGGAUGCACAGGUAAGCAUUUAAACAUGCGUUUGUAUUGAAUGAAUGUCACUGUGUGCCUAAUUAUGUAAUGCUUUGCCUGGACAUAAUGACAAUCCUUGAUGAAUUGUUUGUAUAAAAAUUAAAUGCUUCACUUAUGUGCUGAUGAUUUGAAAUGUGAUUCAGAAAUUGGCAUUCUGACAUAAAAUGACUAACUAUCCAAAA